GCGGGGUUAACAUGACAACAGUUACGCACGAUAUUCCUUAGCGAAAGGACGCGUUUGCAACAUGGCGUCAUCGAAACGAACGAAUAACGAUUCAUUUAUUGAGAUGGUGAAGUGCAAUCCAGUUUUGUAUGAUAUGUCACUUACGGAUUAUAAAAAUAUAUUUAUGAAAAAUAAAAUAUGGGAUGAGAUAGGAGAAAAAUGUAACAUAAGUGGCGAUGAAGCCAAAAUGAAAUGGAAAAAUCUACGGGACACUUAUGGUAAAUAUUUAAAAACUACAAAAACCACUACAGGCCAAAGUGCGUUUAAAUCUUACAGUCGUUACAGCAAAUGGCAGUGGGCAUCUUCAAUGGAAUUUUUAAAAGAUCACAUAGGAUUUGCUCCAACUGAUACUAAUGUGGCAAGAGAAGAAGAAAGCGUAUCUGAUACCCAAAAUAUUACUGAACCCGAAUCUUAUAAUGAAAAUUCAACACAACGGUCAAGUUCAGUAGCAUCAUCCGAACGUUAUACUUCACGUUCGGGUUCCAGGAAAAGGACUUCUGUUAACGAACAUCCUGUUGAUAAAGUGAUUACGUACUUGAAUACAAAAUCAGAUAAAUUAUCGUCGAUUGAACAUGUUAUGCUUGGAUAUGCAAAAACAAUAGACAGGUUUUCUGAGCGACGUAAAAUUAUAACAAAAAUGAAAAUAGCUCAAGUUAUGAUGGAAGCGGAAUUGGAAGAAGAGCAAGAACGUAGUCUACAACGAGAAACAACACUGCGAUCUUACUACACCACUGAGCCUAACACAAGCCAAAAUGAUCGUUGUAUGUCUCAACAAUCAUGUUAUUCUCGUAGUGAGCCUAACACAAGCCAAAAUGAUCGUUGUAUGUCUCAACAAUCAUGUUAUUCUCGUAGUGAGCCUAACACAAGCCAAAAUGAUCGUUGUAUGUCUCAACAAUCAUGUUAUUCUCGUAGUCCCCAGUCUACUAAUGAUUCUGAACUGCAGUCUGCUCUGCGUUGUAUUCAAGAUAAUGCUCUAUCACCUCUAGCACCUUCACUGACUGGAGAAGGUCUCGAUUACGAACACGAAAUAGAUUACGAUCAACAGAAACACUCAGAAAUCUAAUAAGAAGGUUUUAGGUUAAGAUAAAAGUUGUGUUAAUAUUGUAAAAAAUCAAAGUUCCUUCCUAGUUAUCUAAAAUAAAGAUUUUCGUCAAUUAAUA